AUGGCUGAACAGGCGGCUUUAUCUGUGCUGCAAGAUGGUCAUGAACCCGAGGCCCUUGCACAGAGGCAAGACCUUCGACACGACUGGGAAUCCAGGAUUGCUGCAUCCAAUCGGCUACAAGCUACAAAGGUUAACUCGUUGAUGACGUCGAUUCAAAAGCUGCAAAAGGAGAACCUCUUGCUUCGCAAGCGUGGCCACGAGGUUAACCGAACAGGUCAGUACAAGCGACUCCAAAGCGAGCUUGGCCGACAGGAUGUUAUGAUCGAGGCGCUGAGGUACUGCAUUGGGCCAGCGAAGGCCCAGGAGCUGGCAGCAAAUGCCUUGGAUGCCCUUCUGACGAGGGGGGCGACGAGGUGUUCAUCCUGUCACACCGCCGCGCCCGAGCUUUUCCGGGCAAGCGGGGCAUUGCUCUGCAAAAGCUGCUACAGUCACCGCUACUGGCAGGAGCCGCCCGCAGAGCUGCGAGCGCAACUGUCAGACGUAUCUUCCCUGGCGGCGUUUCCCGAGACCAAGGAAGAACUUGAAGAAGCGUGCAAUGCAGCUGAGCUGGAGCUUGCAAGUGCCAAGCGUGCCCUGAAGAAGGCAGAGCAGAGUGAAGCGCCCUUGCAACGCUUGCAGUCUGAGUCCUGGGCCCCGGGACUUCAGACAGCCGCCGCACUUAGCAACUUGCUUGCGGGCUACGUCCAGCGGGCCGACCAGCUUCAAAAAGAGAACGAGUCCUUGGACACCCAUCGCCGUCAACUGGAAGAUACAAUAGCACAGCAGGAGCAACUUGCCAAGCUUCAGCUUCAUGACCAAGUGUCUGCUCUGCCAACGACCAAGCAUGGCGUUCCUGCAGUUGCGUUGGAGGACCUCCAGACCCGUUUAAACAUCAAGAGCGGCGAGGUGGAUCGUUUGGCCCGAGUGGUCAAUGAGCUUCGCCAGCGCCUCUCAUUCCAGAAGGACAAGCAGGAUUCCGUGCUGAAAGAGGAGCAGGGCAUCGCAAGUGCGUUCUCUGAACUCCAAGAGGACAUGGGCAAGUGGACCGAGGCCACGUCAGAAGAGCAUGCUUCACACAUGAAUAAGUUGAAGCAAGCCAAAGAACAGGUAGUACAGCAGCUGGUGAAGGGUCACGAGCAGCUCCGUGAAGCACAGGGCAAACUGCGAAAGUCUGUGCAGAGUGUUCACCAGCAGAAAGACCCCCUGGAGCUGGAGACACGAGUCAAGGCACAGGCAAGAAGGCUAAGAGAGGCUUUGAAAGAUUUCCAUGGGAGCAUCGAGCCAAGCAAGUUCUGGUCAAAGGUGCGAGCCGAGGCUGACGAGUUUGGAUUGGAACCGCAAGUCCAGGCGGCGUUACGCCGGCAUGGCUAUGAAUCCAAUGAAGGCGAAGCUUCGAAGCUGGAGGUCGCUGCCCUGAAGGUCGACCUGUGUGCCCUCGAGUUGGGCAGUCAGGAAUCUCAGGUUGCUGGAGCCAUGAUACGAAAGUGGGAAGCCGACCGAGAAAAGAUGCAAGAGGCGUUCCGCGCUGAAGCCAAAGAACAGCUGGCAGCGCUGGACCGGAUCCAAAGCCUGAACACUUCUGAGCAUGCUGCUCUCGAGCACGCCAAGAGUCAGGCAGCCGCUGAGAGGAAAGAGGCAAUGCAGAAAGCGUGGAGGCAGAGUGCACGAACAGAAUUCGAGGGACCUGGGACAGAACAGCUGGCCCAAAUCGCCCAUGUGAGAGGCCUUACAAGCACGCUAGACGACACCGUGGAACAGCUUCGCGGGAAGCUGCAGGCAGUUCAAGCCGAAGUCGCUAAUGGUCGGAUACAAGAUGAAGCCCACGCCAGAUCGCUGGCUCAGGCGGUUCAGAGUCGCAAGGACGCGGCUGAGAGGAACCGGCAGGCAAAAGAGUUCAGGGAGGAGAUCGACGACAUGCAAAGAUCGGUCACUGAGGAACGCCAGAUGGCGCAGUCUGGCAUAGCAAAGCUUCGGGCCACGGCUGAGUUCUGCACCAGCCUGUUGAGCAACGAAGCAAGAGAAGCCGAAGCAGGAGUCUGUGCACCCGGGCCGUCCCUUCUGCCAUUGCCCUCGAAGUUACUCGUGGAUUGGAAAGAAAGCAUGAGACUUCAGGCAGAGCUCGACCUUCUGCAGGAAGAGUUGUCCAAAACGCAACUAGCCCAGACAAAGAUCUGGAGCGCGGAGGCUCCGGAGGAGAUCGAGACAAUGCAAGCGCAAGUGGUCGAGCUCGAAGCCGCGUCUGUCGACCUGCACGAGGAAGUAGCUGACCUCGGCACGAGACUUCAAGCCGCCCGCGUCUUGCUGCAGCGAAGACUCAAGAAGUCUGGAUUUGGAGUAAGCCUGGCGGAGUUGCUCGAUGUUCUGGCUUUGCCACCUCUUUUUGCCUUGUUCGCAGAUUGCAGUGACACGGCUUACAAUGUCGCCAGGUUUCCUUCCCGCGCUGUGAGCAAUGCUUCCUUCUCAGACAGGGCAGCCAUGGGAAACACUCCUGGCGGCAUGCCGGGUGCAGGGGGAGGCAAGCUCUACGGCUCGGUGCUUGAUAAGAAAGAUGGUGACGACAAGAAGAAGAAGCACGAGGCAGAGCAAGAAAGGUCGCCAGCAAACUCCCCUCGGUUGUGCCGAAUUCGAAGUGGCUCGGCUUUUGCUCCGAUCUGCCCGGCUUUCGGCAUGUGCGCUCUACCCAGCAUCUUGGAAGAGUUGACCGCGAGGUGCCGCCUGCGACUUCUGAAGCACGAUCGGGUGAAGGACUACCUGAUGAUGGAGGAGGAGUUCAUUCAGGAGCAGCAGCGGUUGAAGCCCAAAGAAGAUAAGGAAUCCGAUGAAAAGUCCAAGCUUGAUGACAUUCGUGGGACUCCAAUGGACGUCGGCUCACUGGAAGAGUUCAUCGACGAGAACCACUGCAUCGUGUCGACGGCACUGGGCCCUGAGUACUAUGUGAACAUCCUUUCCUUUGUAGACAAGGAUCAGCUGGAGCCCGGCUCUUCGAUCCUCAUGCAUCACAAGAAUUUGAGCGUCAUCGGCCUCCUUGUGGACGAGGUGAACCCACUUGUGAGUGUCAUGAAGGUGGACAAGGCACCAACGGAAUCUUACGCAGACAUUGGAGGCUUGGAGGAGCAGAUCCAAGAGAUGAAGGAGGCCGUUGAGCUGCCUCUCACCCACCCAGAGCUCUACGAGGAUGUUGGCAUCAAGCCGCCCAAGGGUGUCAUCCUUUACGGCGUGCCAGGAACCGGAAAGACGUUGUUGGCUAAGGCUGUGGCCAGUGAGACAUCGGCAACUUUCCUUCGGGUGGUCGGCAGCGAGCUGAUUCAGAAGUACCUCGGAGAGGGCCCGAAGCUGGUCCGGGAGAUGUUUCGCGUUGCUCAGGAGCAUGCCCCUUCCAUCAUUUUCAUUGAUGAGAUCGAUGCCGUUGCCACGAAGCGGUAUGAUACCACAAGUGGUGGUGAGAAAGAGAUUCAGCGUACCAUGUUGGAGUUGCUGAACCAGCUAGAUGGCUUCGACGACCGGGGCGAUGUCAAGGUUAUCAUGGCUACCAACAGAAUGGAAUCGCUGGAUCCAGCCAUGAUUCGACCAGGCAGAAUAGAUCGGAAGAUCGAGUUUCCCCUGCCCGAUGAGAAGACGAAGCGGCGCAUCUUCCAAAUCCAUACGGGCAAAAUGACCCUCGCAGAUGACGUCAACUUAGAAGAGUUUGUCGUUGCCAAGGAUGACCUCAGCGGGGCAGACAUCAAGGCGAUUUGCACCGAAGCUGGCAUGCUCGCCCUCCGCGAACGUCGCAUGAAGGUGACACAGGCGGACAUGAGAAAAGCCAAGGAGAAGGCGCUGUACAAAAAGAAGGGGUCAUACCCCGAAGGCAUGUACCUCUAG